GUCUAUUGUAAUAUUAUAGCUGCUUAUUUAGCUUWUUGWUUCCCGAUUCUCACUGUGACACUGCAUAAUAAUAAAAUAAUAAACUAAACAUUUUUUAUUGAAUAUUUUAAUACCCGUUCCGAUGAUAACUAUUAUUUACGGCACGUCUGCUUUUCAGUGUUGGACAGAUCGAUAGCUAUAAUUUGAUGUGAUGUAAUAAUAUUUUAGCGAUUAUGAUAGUCUCGAUCGAACUUCGAAGCGUUACGUGCGAGUCGUGUGGCGACAAGUGUUGUAUUUUGCGAUUUGCAAUGAUAACGAAAUAACGUCCGGCUGAAAACUGUACAUACAAUCGUGGGUAUUGAUUAUUUUUGACACCGACUCGAUCGCCAUCGAUUCAAUAUUAUAAUUGAUUUUUGAUUCAUAUAUUUCGAUACCUAUGUAGACACUGAAACGUCCUUGUUAGUCGUCUGUUCGGCGGGUCAUUUAAAAUAAACAACAACACUAAUGAUUGUAAUAUGAUGUACCUAUACGGCAGCCUUUUCGGUGCGAGCAUAGAGUAAUGAUACUCUGUGGGUGCCAGCAAAUCGGACAACUCUUUAGGGUAUAUUUGAUAAUAAAUGUUCGACCUCGGGCGGCCUUUCGAAACGUUAGACGGAUAACGGACGGUUGCUGCCUAGUGCCUGCUGGUCUCGCAGUUAUCGACCGACGGUUCUUAUAAAAAUAAUAAAAUAUUACGACGUUGUGAUGUGUGCGAAUCGAGAAUUCUGCGGYGCUUUUGGUCUUCGGAUUGCACGUGCGACCACGACUGUUGUUGUCGGGUACCUAAACGAAAUGAGUGACUACCGAUAAUCAUCGUGCCUAGUCGUUGGAUUGAUCGCGGUCUCGGGUUUUUUCGUCACACAAAUAAUUGUACUCGCGUACACAUGUGCUACCUAUCCACCUCAGUCCACAACCRAUGGCCGUCCGACCUGAGAAAUUCGCCAUGAAGAACAUUAUUCGAGUCACGUUCGUCCUGAUCGCCUACAGUGUAUCCUGGGCAUCUGCAAAAUUUUCGUUCAACACUCAAGAUUUGGUAUUGUUGGUGAAUGAUUCGACAACGCUUACAUUGACCUUAACGGACAAUGUACCAGAAAAUACCACAUUAAUCCUCAGCAUUAAUCAUAAAGAAUUAUUGACGACAAAUAUUACCACAAUAGAAGUCAUCAAUUCCUCAGGUCCAAAUGUAUGGCCAGUUGAGUUGUUUGGUCAUGAUGCUGGCCACGACUUAUUAAAAGUUGAUGUUUAUCCUUCUUCCAUAAAAUCCAGUGAUGCUUUUGUGAGAGUUACUCUUCAACAUUCUAAUGAAUUGGCUUUAAUCAGUGUUGUUGUUGGAUGGGUUUAUUUUGUCGCAUGGUCAAUAUCAUUUUAUCCUCAGAUGUAUGAAAACUGGAAACGUAAAAGUGUUGUGGGCUUAAAUUUUGACUUCAUUGCAUUGAACUUGGUUGGAUUUAUUUUAUAUUCAAUGUUUAAUGUUGGUCUAUGGAUACCUGAAAUUGAAGAAGAAUACUCUGCCAGAAAUCCUCGUGGACUAAAUCCAGUUCAAUUAAAUGACAUAUUCUUUUCUAUUCAUGCUGUAUUUGCUACUUUAAUAACUGUGGCCCAAUGUUAUUUCUAUGAGAAAGGYGAACAACAAGUUUCUCGGACAGCCAAAUCAAUCAUGUCUUUCUAUGGACUACUAAUAGCAAUCCUUUUAGUUCUUGUAUAUUUACAAAAGAUAGUAUGGCUGGACUUUCUUUAUUACUGCUCAUAUAUCAAGUUGUCCAUAACACUCAUCAAAUAUAUUCCACAAGCGGUUAUGAAUUACAAGCGUAAGAGUACAAUUGGUUGGAGUAUUGGCAACAUAUUCUUAGAUUUCACAGGAGGACUACUUAGUAUAUUACAAAUGAUUAUCAACGCAUAUAACUACAAUGAUUGGGCUUCAGUGUUUGGGGAUCCGACCAAAUUUGGUUUGGGUUUGCUGUCAGUGAUUUUUGACAUACUGUUUUUCUUACAACAUUAUGUAUUCUACAGUGGAGUAAACUAUGCAGAAUUUGAAAAUUCUAUUGUGGUAGAAGUGGAUGAUAAUGAGAUUACUAAUUCAGAAGAGCACCCUAAAUCAACCGAUAAACCAAAUGACCAGAUAUGUUAAAAAUUUUUUUUUUAUAAUUUUUGACUAUAGACUUUGAUUAAUCUAAGUCAAUAAUUUAAUCAUUAUUCUAAAUAUCUCAAUUGUGUAGGUACAUCGAAACAAGACUGAACUUAUCCACUAACACCAAAGUUAUUUUAAGAUUUACUUAUUUUCUUUUGUACAAUAUUUAUUCUAUAUUUUAUACUUAUUUAAUAAGUUAAAUUUAAACACAAAAGUGAAAUGUCAUCUUUUAUAGGAAAAACAUAAUUUUUUCGAUUGAACAUUUUUUAGUUUAAGAUUGUUGAGUUUCAAAUGGUUUAGCUAUUAACAAAGUCAUCCCUAAUGUGUUACCUAAUCACAAUCUGUAAAAAUGCAAUACCUAACUAUUAUAGUAAUUUAUUACCUAUUGGGUGUUAAGUAAUAUGGUGUGAUAAGACUAGUAUUUAAAUUUCAAACCACUGAAGAGUAUUUAAGGAAUUUAUUAGGUAUCAUAACAAUGUUGUAUGAUGAUUACAUUUUCAAAUUAAUGGAAAAACAAAUUUUUUUGAUGUAAUUCUUGUAUACUUACAAAACCAUACUUACUUAAGUUUAUAGUUUUAUAGUUUUAUAAUUUGGCAUACUGUUACCACAUGAUGUCAGCAUUUCGGACUUUCCGCGGUAAUCGUCUCCUCAUCGCUAAACAAUUCAAAAGUUAUCCCCAAAAACUUAUUCACAGGAUAGUAGACAACCUACCCUUUCAGGGAUGUCAUUUUUAUAGCUGUAGAGACUAUGGUUAUUUUGUAAGAAUUUUUCAAAGCAAUGAUAUAUCGAACUAUUACCGCAUGAUUCCARUAAUUCAGACUUAAAACUAUUUGCUGGUAUUUAAAAGGAUGUUUUAUUUUUUACAGUUGCUCUUACGAAAGAGCAAUUUUUAUACUAUCGAUAAGAAUGARACAUCACGGACACCACGGACAGAAUUUAUAAAAAUUGUAUGCCCAUUUUGUAAACAAAUGUUUUUGUUUGAAAUUACAUUUUUGACUCACCUUUUGACAUUCGCCAAGUUUAAUAAGAAGACCAAUACUUAGCAAAUGAAGUAAAACUGUUUUAUUCAUACUUCACUACCCAUAGGCGCAAUUAGGUAGAGGUUAGGGGGGCUUAGUUAGGUUAGGUUAGGGCUUAGCUCCCCCCYGCCCCCCAAAUAAAGCCAUGACUUACAAAUUAAUUAAUUUUAUUCGUCAUAGAAAAAAUAUACACGAGUUAAACGCGGGUUAGUGUGACUUAUACAAUUAUAGCCCCCCAAAAAAUUAACCCUAGUUGCGAUUAUGAGCUUAACUACACUAAUAAACUAGUUACUAACCAUCAGGUAUUAAUCAUGACUAAAUAAUUCGUUUUUAAUUGAACAUGUGAUAUAGGGAAUCAUAGUUAAGUUAUUUGAUUUUGGUUUUGUAUAUUAUAUUGUGGUAACUGUUGUAGUUUAUUUUAAACAUGUARGAAUUAAUCAAUGUSCAAGUCAAACAACUUAGUGUUUAUAGUUGGCUUAUAAAUA